CGUCUAUCCAAACUCUCCGCAGUCUUGUACUCGUAUAUAGAGGCCCAGUGAAUAAAAAUUUAGUCAACGUUGAAAUUUCGAGAUUUUUUUUCCAUUUCUUUUACACGUAAAAUGUACUCGUAUAACAUAACAUGGAUAGAUUUCGGUGCCUUUUUCAGCAUGCUAAUCGUGUCGUUAUUAAUUGGCGUUUAUUUCGCGUAUUUCGCUGCCGAAAAACAAAACACAAAGGAUGAAUAUUUAAUGGGAGGUAAAACCAUGAGUGUUUUUCCAAUAUCGAUGUCUUUAAUUGCGAGUUAUUUAUCGGGUAUAUCAGUGCUUGGAUUUCCCGCCGAAUUGUACACGUACGGGACGAUGUAUUCGUUAGCUGGGCUUGCCUGGGCUUCUGCCUGUAUUCCAAUGGGAAUCAUCUACAUUCCUGUAUUUUUCAAACUGCGGGUCACUUCAUCCUACGAAUAUUUGAAAUUACGUUAUGGCAAUUCAGCUAAAUUUCUCGGAGCUGUGUUGUUUAUCAUUAAACAGUUGUUGUAUAUUCCUGUCGUGAUGUAUGUGCCGGCUCUUGCUUUCAACCAAGUUACCGGGAUGAAUUUGCAUUUGAUUACAUCGAUAGCUUGCGCCAUUUGUGUAUUCUAUACUUGUGUGGGCGGCAUCAAAGCAGUCGUAUGGACGGACACUUUUCAAAUCUUCAUUAUGUUAUUGGGCAUGAUUGUGGUUCUCCUCAUUGGAAUGUAUAAUUUACCUGGUUUUAGCAUGAUUUUCGAAAAAGCUGCUGAAAGUGGUAGAUUGGAAUUCUUCAAUUCAAGUUUUGAUUUACGCGAAAGACUUACCGUUUGGAAUAUUCUAAUCGGUGAUUUUUUGCUGGCAGUGGAAAAUUGCUCCGUUAGUCAAACCAUCGUACAAAGAUGUCUAUGUUUGCCUAACUUACGUCAAGCUAGGAAAGCUUUGGGAAUAUUCGCUAUAGGACAAAUAUUUAUUGUGAUGUUGUGUUGUAUGACCGGAUUGGUUGUUUAUGCGACGUUUUAUGACUGCGAUCCAGUUACUACUAAAGUGAUUCAAAAACCGGAUCAGAUUCUUCCUCUGUUUGUAUCGAAAAUAGCUCCUGAAAAAAUUCCUGGACUGGCUGGUAUAUUUUUAUCGGGUGUAUUCAGUGCUUCCCUGAGUACCAUGUCAACUGGUUUAAAUUCGAUGGCUGGUGUCGCAUACGAGGACAUAAUAAAACCAUUUUAUAAAAAAGAAUUAUCAGAAGCUGCAGUGAGCAAUAUAAUGAAAGCUAUUGUGGUCCUACUCGGAACAAUAUGCGUGAUUUUGGUAUUCAUGAUUGAAAAAAUGGGCACACUAUUCGAAGUAGGAAUUAGCCUAGCUGGUAUUACGAGUGGAGCCACACUAGGCAUGUUUACAUUAGGAAUGUUUCUACCCUGGGUUAAUGAAAAAGGAGCAUUAUGUGGUGGAAUAUGUAGUUUAUUUAUCAUGGCUUGGAUAACGGUCAGUUCUCAAAUUCAAAUUAAUCUCGGUAACAUCGUCUACGCCAAAAAACCAGUCUCGAUUGUGGGAUGUUCGCACAGCGAAUUGAAUAAAACAAUUGAUAUCAUAGUGAAUAAGCCUGGAGUGAACCCCGGAGUGUUUUAUUGGUACGCAGUAUCGUACUAUUGGUACACGGUUAUUGGGAUCAUUAUUACGAGUGUCGUCGGAGUAAUUGCUAGUUACUUUUUUGGAUUUAAUGACCCGAAAAGUAUCGAUAAAGAUUUAUUAACGCCCUUGGUCCAUCGAUUUUAUCCACAGUCUAAGAAAAUGGAAAUGUCUGAAAUUAAGGUAAAAGAUAACGUGUCGAAGAAGAAGCUGACAGCAGAUCAAAUCAAACAUUCGUCGAUUGAUUAAUACGUUGCUACAAUUUUGGUUCAAGAAUGCACUUUUAUGUUCGGUAAUAUUUUUCCUUGUACGAUUUUGAAGGAAUUAAAAACAAAGGAAAGGUACAAAUUUGAAUGUAGACAGCUCCAGAACCAUCUUCCUCGCAGUAGUGAUUUGGUUAUAAGUAUUUGUACUUAACAUAAGUAUAAAUUCUGUUGUUGUGUUGAACUAAUUUCAUUAAAAAUGUUCUUAGAUUUAA